AUGGCAACACUAGGAGAUAUUGGAGUAGCAGCAACAAUCAACAUUCUCACUGCAAUCAUCUUCCUUUUAGCAUUUGCAAUCUUGAGGAUUCAACCUUUCAACGAUAGAGUUUACUUCCCUAAAUGGUAUCUUAAAGGUAUUAGAAGCAGUCCCUUGCAAUCAGGUACUCUUAUGAGCAAGUUUGUCAAUGUAAACUUUGGUUCCUACCUUCGUUUCUUGAACUGGAUGCCCGCGGCUCUAAAGAUGCCCGAACCCGAGCUUAUUGAUCAUGCCGGGUUGGAUUCUGCCGUGUACUUGAGGAUUUACUUGACAGGGCUUAAGAUCUUUGUACCGAUAGCAUUACUUGCGUGGUCGAUUCUUGUACCUGUCAAUUGGACAAGUGAAGGGCUGCAACUAGCAAAGCUUCGUAAUGUAACAUCUAGUGAUAUUGAUAAAUUAUCGAUCUCAAAUAUCGAACGCGGAUCAGACAGGUUUUGGACUCACCUCGUGAUGGCUUACGCCUUCACAUUCUGGACUUGCUAUGUUCUAAUGAAAGAGUAUGAGAAAGUAGCUUCUAUGCGUUUGGCAUUUCUCCAGAACGAGCAGCGGCGCCCUGAUCAAUUCACGGUUUUGGUUAGGAACGUACCAGCGGAUCCAGACGAGUCCAUUAGUGAGAGUGUGGAACAUUUCUUCCUUGUUAACCAUCCAGACCAUUAUCUUACACAUCAGGUUGUGUACAAUGCAAACGAAUUGGAGACAUUAAUAGAGACGAAGAAGAGCACGCAGAACUGGCUUGACUAUUACCAAUUGAAGUAUACAAGGAACAAGGAUCAAAGGCCAAGGGUCAAGACCGGUUUUCUCGGUCUAUGGGGAAAGAAAGUAGAUGCAAUUGACCAUUAUACAGCUGAAAUCGAGAAACUAAACGAACAAACACAACAGUCGCGUAAUCCGACAGAAUGGUUAACCGAAUGGGCUCCCGAGGCACGAGAAGUGUUUUGGUCCAACCUUGCAAUACCUUAUGUCUCUUUAACAUUCGAAGGGUUUGUAUCUUUAUCAUCGUUAGAGAGAAGAGCGGCUUUUCGAUAUUAUAUCUUCAACCUCGUCAAUAUAUUCCUUGGAAGCAUAAUCACUGGCUCUGCAUUUGAACAACUCGAUUCUUUUCUUAAACAAUCAGCAAAUCAGAUUCCUAAGACGGUUGGAGUAGCUAUACCGAUAAAAGCAACAUUUUUUAUCACAUACAUAAUGGUUGACGGAUGGGCGAGUGUUGCAGGGGAGAUUCUGAGGCUGAAACCUCUUAUCUUUUUCCAUAUAAAGAACUCCCUAUUGGUGAAAACUGAAAAGGAUAGAGAAGAAGCAAUGAACCCGGGACAUAUAAAUUUUCAUGCGACAGAGCCUCGGAUUCAACUCUACUUCCUCCUCGGUCUUGUUUACGCUCCUGUGACUCCGGUUUUACUGCCAUUCAUUAUAAUCUUCUUCGCAUUAGCCUACCUCGUGUUUCGUCAUCAGAUCAUUAAUGUGUACAAUCAAGAAUACGAAAGCGCGGCUGCGUUCUGGCCAGAUGUUCAUGGACGUAUAAUAACGGCUUUGAUCAUAUCGCAAAUCCUUUUGAUGGGAUUAAUGAGUACUAAAGGAGCCGCUCAGUCCACACCAUUCCUCCUCGCCUUACCGAUCCUCACCUUUUUCUUCCACCGGUUCUGCAAAGGCCGGUAUGAGCCAGCAUUUCUCCGUCACCCCUUGCAGGAAGCUAUGAUCAAAGAUACAUUGGAACGAGCAAGAGAACCGAAUUUAAAUCUGAAACCGUAUCUUCAGAAAGCAUAUAUUCAUCCGGUUUUCAAAGACGACUACUAUGAAGAUGGCCGGUCCGAGAUUUCCGGUUAUUGCCACGACGAUUCUGAUGAAGAAUGUGUUACUGUGCCGACCAAACGUCAGUCCCGGAGAAAUACACCGGCGGUUAGCCAAGUUAGCCGCGGUUCUUCGCCUUCACCAUCAAAAAGAUAA